AUGAGUUUGAAGGUUUAUACCACGUCAGUGACGGCGUCCAGAGAGAUCAAAUCCUUGCAGGCUGAAGUGACCCGAGUCCUGGAGUCCAAAUGUAAGGAGUUUGAGAAUGUGGACAUCUCCCAGGACAACUGCCUUCGUGAGGAAAUGAGGACCAAAGCAGGGAAUCCUACGGCCAUGCCACCCCAGAUUUUCAAUGGCGAUAUGUAUUGUGGGGAUGGCCCGACGUUCAUGAAUGCCGUCGAAGAGGACAACCUGGAUGAGUUUCUGAAGUUGAAAUAA